AUUAGAGGUAUUGGAAUGUUCGGUCAGGUCAGAUUCGUGGUGUAAAUGGAUACGUACGAUCCGAUAAUAGUAUAGUGUAUUAAUAUUUAUCGCUGCAAGUACAACAUCGUUUGCAAGCAAAAAUGCCUGCUCAAGAAAUCGCGAUGCCGCAGCCGCCGGCCACCGAAAGCGAGGAGAACAACGUUCCCUCGUCGCAGCCGAUCGUGGGCAUCAUUUAUCCACCGCCUGAGGUUAGGAAUAUCGUCGACAAAACCGCUAGCUUCGUGGCCAGGAACGGGCCGGAGUUUGAAUCCAGGAUCAGGCAGAACGAAUUGGGCAAUCCCAAGUUCAAUUUUUUGAACUUCGGCGACCCUUAUCAUGCUUACUAUCAACACAAGGUGAAGGAGUUCAAGGAGGGGAAGGGCCAGGAGCCUACGGUAGGUGCAGCCCCUGGGAAAACUGUCAACCUUACUGCCCACCAGAAGCAGCAGGAGAUCCUGAAGCAGGUCGAACAGCCGUUUGUGCCCAAGGAUCCGCCAAUCGAGUUUGAAUUUAUCGCAGAUCCUCCUUCUAUAUCUGCUUUGGAUCUAGACAUCGUGAAGCUGACCGCUCAGUUUGUUGCGCGUAACGGGAGGCAGUUCUUAACCAACUUGAUGAAUCGCGAGCAAAGGAAUUUCCAGUUUGACUUCCUGCGGCCUCAGCAUUCCUUGUUUCAGUACUUUACUAAACUCUUGGAGCAGUACACCAAGGUAUUAAUUCCACCGAAAGAUUUGCUGCCGCGUCUCAAGGAUGAAGCAUUCAAUAUGGACAAGAUUUUGGAGCAGGUGAAGUACCGUGCCGAGUAUUUGAAGUAUCAGGAGGCACAGAGGCGUAAGGAGGAGGAGGAAUUGGAAAGGGAGAGGGUCGCUUAUGCGCAAAUUGACUGGCACGACUUCGUCGUGGUUGAGACGGUGGACUACCAACAAUUCGAGGUCGGCAAUUUCCCGGCGCCUACGACACCGGACGAAGUUGGUGCGCGCGUCCUCAUGCAGGAACGUAUAGAGGAGGGUGAGGAUGUGGAGAUGCAAAUCGACAGUGACGCAGAAGAGGAAACGCAAAACCGUGCAGAAGGCGAGAAAGGCGAUCGUGCAAAAGAUAAUAAUCAAGUGCAAGAUAUGGAGGAAGAUUCCAGUGACGAGGACGAUGUGUCCCCACCAGGUGACACACACAAAUCUAAAGAACCCAAACAGCGCGAAACGAACAUGCAGCCGCCUCCGUUGCCGCCCACGCCAGGAAACGUGUUGGUCAAGAAAGGAUAUGAUCCGAAGCAACAUGCGACCAAACCUGCUCGCCCUGUGGCUCCGGACGAGUAUCUGAUUUCUCCGAUUACCGGCGAACGUAUUCCCGCUAGUAAAGUGCAGGAACAUAUGCGUAUCGGAUUGUUGGAUCCACGCUGGGUCGAGCAGAGAGACAAGCAUCUGGACAAACUGGCGCAGGAGACCGUAUUCGCGCCGGGCACGGCAAUCGAGGCGAGUCUCAAGCAACUCGCCGAGAGGCGUACCGAUAUAUUCGGUGUGGGCGACGAAGAGACGGCGAUCGGUAAGAAGAUCGGCGAGGAGGACAAGAAGAAGGACGACAAAGUCACGUGGGACGGUCACACUUCGAGCGUGGAAGCAGCGACGAGAGCAGCGCGGGCGAACAUUACGCUGGAAGAGCAGAUUCAUCAGAUACAUAAAGUCAAGGGUCUUCUGCCGGACGAGGAGAAGGAGAAGAUCGGCCCGAAACCGGUGAAUCGUGCGACUGAGCUUUCGCACAUGGCCGCUGCCGCUUCAAAACCGCAGGCUACACUGAAAGCACCUCCAAAACCCCCUGCACCGAAACCGAUGCCAGUACCCGCUCAACCUCCCCCACCGCCGACCAUGAGCAUGCCUACUAUGGGUAUACCCCAGCCGAUGAUGCCGCAGCCACCGAUGAUGAUGAUGGCACCUAUGCCGCCUAUGGCGCCUAGACCACCGCCUUUAAUGACUCCAGCGAUGUCACCGUUCAUGCCAACGCCACCACCAAUACAGCCGCCGAUGCCGUCUGCUAUCGGGUUGAAACAUCCCGCUAGUAAACCACUGGAAGAGGAGCCGCAGGCUAAGAAACUGAGAACCGAGGACUCAUUAAUUCCGGAGCAACAAUUUCUCGCUAGAAAUAAGGGUCCCGUACAAAUUAACAUUGCUGUGCCCAUGAUGACAGAGAAGGCUGAAUGGAAAUUGAACGGACAGACAUUGAAUAUUACUUUACAAACAAGCGAUACUGUGGCAACUAUGAAAGCGCUUAUUCACGAGCAAAUUGGUAUGCCACCUGGGAAACAAAAGUUGCAGUACGAGGGAAUGUUCUUCAAAGAUAAUAAUACUCUUGCAUAUUAUAAUUUAACUUCGGGUAAUGUUAUCAACCUGCUACCAAAGGAGAGAGGUGGUAGAAAGAAGUAAACAAAAAGGUGAAUAUGUAAGUUAAAAAUACAGAAUUAUUAUAAUUAUGAUAUAUUAUAUCAAAGCCUCAACAAUUUUAUCGCUAUAAUUUUGAGGUAUAUAAAUAUAUGAUCAAAAUA